AGAGGCUCUCCUGUCGUGGCAAUAUAAGACAGUCAUGGCUCACAAAAGCAUUUAUUAUUCAGAUAAAUAUACAGAUGAUACUUAUGAAUACAGGCAUGUUGUGUUACCAAAGGAAAUAGCAAAGCUUGUUCCCAAACACUUGAUGUCGGAAACAGAGUGGAGAGGUUUGGGAGUUCAGCAGAGCCAGGGAUGGAUACACUACAUGAAACAUGAACCAGAACCUCACAUUCUUCUGUUUCGGCGUGGUCUACCGAUGAUGCAGACAAACACCUGUUCAUGAUCCUGAAAUCUACUGUUAUCAUUUCCAUCACCGUUAUCAUGAAAUUCAUUCAUCAUUACAAACCAUUCCUGAUCAUUCUUCUCUGGGACAUUGGAAACAAAUUCUUCCUCAUCAAGUGACUGCUGAGAGGCUGAUACACAUUGUGAAGUGUAAUUGCUUGUUACACUUUAUAUAAAGGUUUUCCAGAAAGUUAUCCUGUCAGGAAUGUAUCAGAAAAAAGUCAGCUGUGUUGAACAUGGUAUUGUAUUUGUAUUUACACAUUAAAUUGUAUGAAUUUGUAAAGAAUGUUCUUGAAUCUUAUAAUUGAUAAAGAAAACUUGAACUAAAAUUCAAAAUUCAGUUAAAAUGAAAAUUGACCUUAAAUCUUCUGUUAUUUACUUGAAUUUAUCAGCAUAUUGAAUCAAAAAUGUAUAUCUUAAUAAUGUAUUGUAAUGAGACAAGUAUCUAUUGUAGUAAAGACUAAUGUGGUGAUUCAAAAUGACUUUAAUAAAGUUUUAUUGUUCUGCAAGGGUGUGAGAGGAUGAUAUGGCCAUGCUAGGCACUGAUUGAAAUGUUUUGUGAAAGAGAAUUUGAGAUAAUGUGUUGAAACGUUUAAAGGAAUAAAAAGUAAGCAUGGAUACUGUAAAACACUGUCUACUUCAGAAUGAACUGUGAGCAUACACUCCCUGAACAGGUGAAAUUUCAGACAUUAGUUAUAUAAUGGACUGAAACUAUUAAAAUAUGUUGAAAAUAUCUACCUUCAAACAUAUCAGGAUGAAAAUGAUCCAUUAAUAUAAUUAGAGAGUUUUGAAAAGUGUUUGAUGCUCAUUUAAUUUAUUUGAAAUUAUGUUAGAAAAAAAUUAUCCUUCUUAUUGAUGAAGGUUGUGACUGGUUUAUUCAAAUCAAAAAUAGAACAGUGGUUUGGUAUCUUUAAUUUGUAAAUUCCUUAAAUUCUUGACUUAUUUAGGUAUUGACAGAAAAUGAGAUUGUUCUGCAAAUAUCAAAAUGCAACAUCUGCAAAUUUUUCAAGCAUGAAUUUGAUAUUUUAUAAAGAAUACCACACCAGCUGUACAACUACUAAUUGAGCUCAAUGAAAAUCAUUUUAUGAAUGUGGCAAUACCACUCCUAACACCCUGGUAUCAUGUCGGUAAUAUAAACUACAGGCUGUUUGUUAAAAGACAAAGAAAACAAUUUUUUUUAAUGUGUGCUUAUACAAACAUGUUAAUACAGUAGAUGAAUGAAGUCACAUUAUGUAUUCAUAUGUAGAUUCAUGUGUGAUUUAAGGGUUUUGUGCAAAUAGUAUCAUAUUUUGAUUACAAAUAACUUGUAUUGUGCUACUAAAGCAGGUUAUUUUAGGUGCAUACACGUAGACAAGUGUCAAACUACUAGCUCUACAUAUAUAGUGACUGUAAUGUCUGCCAGGGACAUGUACAUACCAAAAUUCUCUUGUUAAUAUCAACAUGACCUGUUCUGGAAUAUUGUUGAUUUAGAUGUUGCUGUCUGGUAACAUCCAAACAUGAAUUAUAAUAAUUGAUACUGAUUGUAUAUCUUUGUGUUCACUAAGGCUCAUAUACAAAAUCCACAUAUUUAUACUCACUAUGAGCUACAGACUAUCAGUCUAUAGACAUUCAAUAGCAAAUAUUAAAGUGAUGGUCCUUACAGCAGAGCUUUAUUGUGAUAGCUCAUUUUAUAAAAAAAAAAAAAGAAAAAGAAAAAACAACUCACUAACCUCAAAGAGUAUACAAAUGAUCAAACUUGUUUGUGCUUGUUAGAUAUUGGAAUACAAUUAUCAAGGGAUGAUAAAAAAAAGUUUUACAGGUUUGGAUUUCUUAUGUAAUCAUAUAGAUAAGACCCAAUAUAACAUGGACAGGUUUACUGUUUUCUUAGUCGCUGGUAAAUCACAUAUAGGUUGUGUUGUCUAGGCUUUUCUUACUCAAGAUCACUGUUCCUACUCGGCAGGUAUGCCUAUCUUAAUGUGAUGUUAUAUAGGCUUAAUAAGUUAUUGUUUUUGAAAAUAUUUUGCCAAAUAUAGUCUUGUUAAAAUCCAGAUGUUUAUAUGAAGUUGAAGGACACGACAUUAUUAUAUCAAUACUGUAUAUGUUACCGAUAAAUAUUUGUAUAAUCAUAAUUUUCCUGUUUAUUUCAUUAUUGUUCAGGUUCUCUUGUUUUUCUUACCACUGAUUUUAAAACUUUUUGUUGCACUACAAGAAUUCAAAGUUUGACCAGGUUUAUUCCGCUUGCCCUGACAGUAAUUUUCGAGAUUUGAAAAAAUCAAAGAUUGAAAGUCUGAUGUACUCUGGUAUAUGAAUUGUAUUACUCUCAUAUUUUUUUCCUUUCGUGAUUUCUCCUUCCUCAUUUGUUCUUGAGUGUAAUCAUCUUACAAUAUUCUAUUACUAUCCUAUUGUUUCUGAUCUUUUGUAAAUACAUAUCUCUUUCCUACUUGAACAUUUUGAAUUUGACAAAUAAAUUUUGAUGUACA